UGAAAAUUGUCGGCACGUCCUUUGGGGAAUCACUGCCAGUCACUGUUGAUCAAGUCCAUACUCUCUCACGAAUCCGUCGCCUUGACAUUCUGUAGAGGACUUCAUUCAGCAACGUCUAUUCCUAUUCGAGAUCCACAAUCCUGCCCUCUCUCGCAUGCUGCAUGCUGGCGGCCUGUGUCCCCUCCCGCCCUCUUUCUUUACGCUUUCACUAUGAUGUCCGCUCUCUGCAGAUAGCACCAGUUCCUUGGGCCAGUACUGUGAAGGUUGCACGUAGCCAUCAUGCCUGUUGCUUGGCCUCUGAUCUAGCGAAAUCCGACGACGAGCCUUCCAGGACAGCCAUCCCUACUCCGAUCUUCCGCCAUGAACCCAAUGUUGAUCUCAACAGCCUACGAAAUACUCUCGAGGCCCAUCGUGCGGCGAACCGGGCCUCAGUCAUUCGAAAGAUAGACAGAUCAGGUCGCUCCAUUCCCCUGGACGUUGGCAAGUUUCUCCCGCGAGGAGUGUACACACCAGAACAUUCUGUACCCAACUUGCGAAAGAAGAAGGACGGAUACCAGAUCAAACACAUUCCAGGGAAGAAAGGUUCUUCCGAUAGCCGCAAUAAAGGCACUUAUAGGGAUCUCAGUGGUCUGUGGCGUGUCGAGGAGGACAAUGGCACACUGAGUACGAGGUCCCGGAUGCCAUGGUUAGCUCACAUCACCCAUACUCAGACGGCUCCCAGGCCCUCAGCUUGUGAUCGGCUGGCAGAUGAAAUUCGAGCUUUCGGAAAGUAUGCGACGCCUUCCGAAGAGGAGAAGCGUGCUGCCAACGUAGCUCUCGAUGAGAUUGUCCGAGCCAUCCGCAUAGCGGAUGAGAAUCUUGAUGUCGCCAUUAUUGGCUCACGGAAAACGGGUGUAGAUGAUCCUCUCUCGGAUCUCGAUUUGAACGUUACGAACAUCCUUUCUCCGGCAACAAUGAGGCGAUUUAGAACGCCGGUGGAAAUAUUAGCCCUGCUGGAAAGGGCUUUCAGUAGUCACCGACGGUCAGCUCAACUGCCAGAGCCACCACUUGACGUUGUCAUCAACAUCAGACAUGCCAGGGUACCUAUUUUGGUGUGUCACCAUAGACAGACUGGGCUUCCCGUACAGAUACAGAGCACGCCACGAGCGCUGGACAAUACUGAGUACGUGAAGGCUUUCCUUCAUGAAUAUCCUACUCUGCGGAGUCUUUACAAGGUAUUAAAACAGCUCCUCGUCAUGCGAGCGCUUCAUCUCGGCAGCCAAGGGGGUCUAACGUCGUACCCUCUUAUCAUCAUGAUUGUGGCAGCGCUCAAAUUCUGCGAAGGAAGAUUCGAGCCCACAGAUGUUGCUAGUCAAUUCCUCUUCUUUCUGGACAUGUACACCGACAUAGAUUUCUAUGCCCAAGGUAUCUCCACCCGGCCUCUUGGGUACUUUCCGAAGCAUAUCAAGGAAAAAGAAUUCCUGCAGAGACCACUUCUCAGGGAUGCACAAUUGGCGGCGCUCUAUGCCGAUGAAAUCAAAGGUCAACGUCGAAUGUCUGUCCAACACCAAUGGAAGAGAUAUCGUAUGACUCUACAGGAUCCUGCCGAUCCCUCCAACGAGUUAGGAGGUGGUGUCAAUCAGAUACGAGAUAUUCAAGAGACACUAAUUUACCUUCGAUCUCGGAUAAAGGAGGCCAUGGCCAAGUGGGACGACCUGGGACACCUGGAACAUGGUUUAUCAGAGGAGCAUUUUCGAACGCACUCACUGUUAGAGUCAUGCGUUAGUGGCGACUAUAGAGUGUACGAGACUGAGCGCAAUGAGUUGCGUAUGUGUGUUAGGAACUGAUAGUCUAUGUAAGAUCCGAUCAUUAAGAUUCUCA